GGCCACUGCUCCUGUAGUGGCUGCCUGCUAUUUUCAGUAUUUAAUUGUCUAUGCAUUUGUAUUUCUCUAUAUAAAGCUUCUUUUGGAGCACUGAAAGUUCCAUAACGUGUGUGUUGCAUGAAAGAAAUGGCCUUCAAGGGUUCUAAGGCAGCAGCUAUUUUUGUUCUGCUCAAUGUCAUUUUUUUCACUUGUGUCUCAUCUCAUAACGUACCGGCCUGUCCUCCAAAAGCUCCCCCAGCCCCAAAGAAGCCAGCCAAAUGCCCUAAAGAUACCCUUAAAUUCGGUGUUUGUGGCAGCUGGUUAGGGUUGGUUCACGAGGCUCUUGGGACCCCUCCAAGCGAGGAAUGCUGUACCCUUAUCAAGGGUCUUGCUGAUCUUGAAGCCGCAUUGUGUUUAUGCACGGCUAUUAAGGCCAAUGUCUUGGGAGUUGUCAAGCUCAAAGUUCCCGUUGCAGUUAGCUUGCUCCUAAGUGCUUGUGGAAAGAAAGUUCCUGAAGGCUUUAAAUGCGCAUAGAACUCCUUUAUUUCUGUUCAUUGAUGUUUGUUUUACGUUUGAAACUUGUUUGCUCUUGUAAAACUCGCUUUCCUAUAAGAAGCGAAGCUGAAUACCUUUCAAUAAAAUGUGUUUUGAGUGUC